GAUAUCGGCCUUCCUGAGGGGAGGGAUAAUUGACAGAUAUGUUUGAAAUGCUUAGUGACUCAGCAGUUAGGUUUCAGGUUUCACUCUGUACAGAAGUAGGUUGACUCUGCCAAGCUGUUGUAUCUGCUCUCUUUGCUUAGAGUGUGCCACUCAUUCUACCUACGCAAAGCUAGCAGGUGCCCAAGAUGCUGCUCCAGCUGCUAAAUGUCCUCUGGGAGGCCGCGUCUCUACGUGUGUUCUUGGUGUUUCUGGCUACGUUCCUGCUCAUUGCUGACUGCAUGAAAAGAAGACGUCCAAGGGAUUUUCCACCAGGCCCUGUGCCCCUUCCGUUCCUAGGCAACCUGCUCAGUUUCAAUUUCCGGAAGCUUCAUAUUAAUUUAAAAAAGUUUGCAGAAAAAUAUGGCAAUAUCUACAGCAUACAGUUUGGAAAUCAGUGGAUCGUGAUUACAAAUGGAUUGCAGUUGGUGAAAGAAGCCCUUGUCCAUCAGGGUGAAAAUUUUCAAGAUCGUGCACAUUCUCCUUUUGCCACUGAACUCUUUGGGACAUUUGGAUUGGUCCACUCUAAUGGAGACAGCUGGAAGCAACAAAGACGAUUUGCCUUAACAACUCUAAGGAACUUUGGUCUGGGGAAGAAAAGUUUAGAAGAACGAAUACAGGAUGAGAGCAGAUACCUUAGUGAUGCAAUUGAUGAUGAGAAAGGGCAGCCAUUUAACCCUCACUUUCAGAUUAAUAAUGCUGUUUCAAAUAUCAUCUGUUCCAUCAUUUUUGGGGAUCGCUUUGAGUACCACGACAGUCGUUUCCGGAAGCUAUUGCACUUAAUUGAUGAGAUACUAAUUGUGCAGAGAAGCAGCUGGACCCAGGUGUUCAGUACAUUUCCAACCUUAAUGAAAUGCUUGCCAGGACCUCUUAAGACAUUGUUUAAAAGCUGGAGAAAAGUAAAGUCCUUUGUAAGAGAAAUUAUUGAAAAGCACAAAGAAGAGUUGAAUCCAUCUGAAACAAGAGACUUCAUUGAUGCUUAUCUCAAAGAAAUGGCCAAGGAGGAUGCUGGUUCUAGUUUCCAUGAAGAAAACCUCUUAUUUUCAACACUCGAUCUGUUUUUUGCUGGGACAGAAACAACUUCCACAACUUUGCGCUGGGCUUUGCUGUACAUGGCAUUUUAUCCAGAAAUUCAAGCAAGAGUUCAAGCUGAAAUAGACUCUGUGAUUGGCCAAUCUCGCCAGCCAUCAAUGGAUGACAGGGACAGCAUGCCCUAUACUAAUGCAGUUGUGCACGAAAUUCAAAGAAUGGGGAACCUUUUGCCUUUGAAUGUGCCCCGGAUGACAACUAAUGAUACAACACUGGCUGGAUUUCGAGUGCCCAAAGGAACAGUUUUUAUAGGCUGCUUGUCAUCAGUGUUGUUUGACAAGGACGAGUGGGAAACUCCUGAUGUCUUUAAUCCUGGUCAUUUCUUAGAAAAUGGUCAGUUCAAGAAGCAGGAAGCAUUCAUGCCCUUCUCUGCAGGAAAGCGAGUUUGUCUUGGAGAGCAGUUGGCUAGGAUGGAACUUUUUCUUUUCUUCACUGCCUUAUUCCAGAAGUUCACUUUCCAGGCUCCAAAAGAUGUGACAUUAAGCCUUGAACCCAUGAAUGGAUUUAUCUUGGUACCACAAUCCUAUAAGAUAUGUGCACUUCCUCGCUAGAGGAAACAAUUUCUGUUAGUGCUUUUCAAAGAAUCAGGGUUUGUUACCAAUAUUUCUUCUCAUAUUCUGUAUGGCCCAGUGUUGAACCAAUAUCAGCAGCCAUUGGAAGAUCUGACUUAAUGGGAAAAGGCACAAUAAAAUCUUCACCAAUC